AUGGCCCCCAAACACCAGUCUUCACUUCCACCCCAAGCAAAGAAACCGAAGAAACCGAGACAGACUCCUGCCUCCAGGCCAGAGGAAACGUCUGCUUCUCCGAACUUGCCGAAGGAAGAAAAAGAACAGCAAGAAGCAAUUGAACAUAUUGAUGAAGUACAAAAUGAAAUAGACAGACUUAACGAACAAGCCAGUGAGGAGAUUUUGAAAGUAGAACAGAAAUAUAACAAACUCCGCCAACCAUUUUUUCAGAAGAGGUCGGAAUUGAUCGCCAAAAUCCCAAAUUUUUGGGUAACAGCAUUUGUUAACUAUCCACAAGUGUCUGCACUGCUUGGGGAGGAGGAUGAAGAGGAGCUGCAUUAUUUGACAAGAGUCGAAGUGACAGAAUUUGAAGAUAUUAAAUCAGGUUACAGAAUAGAUUUUUAUUUUGAUGAAAACCCUUACUUCGAAAAUAAAGUUCUCUCCAAAGAAUUUCAUCUGAAUGAGAGUGGUGAUCCAUCUUCAAAGUCCACUGAAAUCAAAUGGAAAUCCGGAAAGGAUUUGACCAAACGUUCAAGUCAAAUGCAGAAUAAAGCCAGUAGGAAGAGACAGCAUGAGGAACCAGAAACCUUCUUCACCUGGUUUACUGAUCAUUCUGAUGCAGGUGCAGAUGAGUUAGGAGAGAUCAUCAAAGAUGAUAUUUGGCCAAAUCCAUUACAGUACUACUUGAUUCCGGACAUGGAUGAUGAGGAAGGGGAAGGAGAAGAAGAUGAUGAUGAUGAUGAAGAGGAAGAAGGAUUGGAAGAUAUUGAUGAAGAAGGGGAUGAGGAUGAAGGUGAAGAAGAUGAAGAGGAUGAUGAGGGGGAGGAAGGAGAGGAAGAUGAAGGAGAAGAUGACUAAUGGAACACUGAUGGAUUCCAACCUUCCUUUUUUAAUUUUCUCCAGUCCCUGGGAGCAAGUUGCAGUCUUU